AUGUGGUCCAGGGUCUUUACAACUUUCCUUUCCUUCAUAGCAGGUGCUUGUUCCGGGCUGAAGGUGGCGGUGCCAUCACACACAGUCCAUGGCAUCAGGGGUCAGGCUCUCUACCUCCCCGUACACUAUGGAUUCCACACUCCAGCAUCAGACAUCCAGAUCAUAUGGCUGUUUGAGAGACCCCACACGAUGCCCAAAUACUUACUGGGCUCUGUGAACAAGUCUGUGGUUCCCGACUUGGAAUACCAACACAAAUUCACCAUGAUGCCACCCAAUGCCUCCCUGCUCAUCAACCCAUUGCAGUUCACUGAUGAAGGCAAUUACAUCGUGAAGGUCAACAUUCAGGGAAAUGGAACUGUGUCAGCUAGUCAGAAGAUUCAAGUUACUGUUGAUGAUCCUGUCACGAAACCAGUGGUCCAGAGUCAGCCUUCCUCUGGGGCUGUGGAGUACGUGGGGAACAUGACCCUGACAUGCCUCGUGGAAGGGGGCACCCGGCUGGUUUACCAGUGGCUAAAAAAUGGGAGGCCUGUCCACACCAGCUCCACCAACUCCUUUUCUCUCCAAAACAACAGCCUUCAUAUUGUUCCAGUGACCAAAGAAGACAUUGGGAAUUACAGUUGCCUGGUGAAGAACCCUAUCAGUGAGAUGGAAAGUGACAUCAUUAUGCCUACCAUAUAUUAUGGACCUUAUGGACUUCAAGUUAAUUCUGAUAAAGGGCUAAAAGUAGGGGAAGUGUUCACUGUGGAUAUUGGAGAAGCGAUCUUGUUUGAUUGUUCUGCUGAUUCUUAUCCUCCCAACACCUACUCCUGGAUCCGGAGGACAGACAAUGUCACAUAUGUCAUUAAGCACGGGCCUCGCUUGGAAGUUGCAUCUGAGAAAAUAGCCCAGAAGACAACUGACUAUGUGUGCUGUGCUUACAACAAUGUAACUGGAAGGCGAGAUGAAACUCAUUUCACCAUCAUCAUCACUUCUGUAGGAAUAGAGAAGCUUGCACAAAAAGGGAAAUCAUUGUCCCCUUUAGCAAGUAUAACUGGAAUAUCACUCUUUUUGAUUAUAUCCAUGUGUCUUCUCCUCCUAUGGAAAAAAUAUCAACCCUACAAAGUUAUAAAGCAAAAGCUAGAAGGCAGGCCAGAAACUGAAUACAGGAAAACUCAAACGUUUUCAGGCCACGAAGAUGCUCUGGAUGACUUUGGAAUAUAUGAAUUUGUUGCUUUUCCAGAUGCUUCUGGUGUUCCCAGGAUGCCAACGAGAUCUGUUCCAGCCUCUGAUGGUGUACCAGAGCAAGAUUUGCACAGUACAAUUUACGAAGUUAUUCAGCACAUCCCUGCCCAACAGCAAGACCAUCCAGACUGUGAAAAAGAAUAAAAGAAUUUAAGGUUCUUCGACCUGUAGACCUGGAAAUCUUUAGAACAUUUUACACGUCUCUUCGCCAGGUGAGCAUUCAUGGGCAAAGCAAUGCAUUGAAGCAAAAUAAUGAAAGCACAUAUUGAGGAAAAACAGUGAAAAUGUAUAUUCAUCCGGAAUCAGUGAAGGAAUCAAACCCGAUACCUCUUACUCAUCACUCCUUUUAAUGCAGAAUAGAGUCAUUUAUAAAAAUCAGGGCUUCACUGGUGGCGCAGCGGUUGAGUCCGCCUGCCGAUGCAGGGAACACGGGUUCGUGCCCCGGUCCAGGAAGAUCCCACAUGCCACGGAGCAGCUAAGCCCGUGAGCCCUGGCCACUGAGCCUGCGCGUCCAGAGCCUGUGCUCCGCAACGGGAGAGGCCACAGUGGUGAGAGGCCUGCGUACCGCAAAAAAAAAAAUCAUACUGCAGGUUUUCCAGCAUACACACAAUGCAUUGUGUUACAGAGGAGCAUGGAGGGGAAAGAGUUCUCAGCGGACAGUCUUUAUUGCCCUGACGGAAGGAAGAAAAGGAUGGGACUUUCCAAUUACUUUUUUGGUAUCAAGUUUCCUACAGAGCUCAAUUAGUUCUAAUCUAUAUGUUCCAUUUCAUCAGCAUUGACACUAUCCUAUCUAACCUACAAAUGUGGAAACCUUAUAUUUGUAAAAAUUUCAGCAGGCUUUGUUUUAUUAAAUUCUCAUUACUAUUUAGAUUGCUAUAUAUUUUUAUGUCAUUCCCAAACUUCCUUCUUGCUGUUUGUACCACAGAAUAAUAAAGAUGAUUGUCACAAAAGCAAGACUGUGCCUUCUAGGUUGUCAAUCACCAAUGGUGUUUUUGAAAAGACGUAAAAUGCUGAAGG